AUGAAUGAGCAGAAGAUUGAUUGCCAAGAAAGAAUUCAACAAAGCCAUGACUAUAUCAGUGAAUUUGUUUCCACUACUUAUGGUUAUUCCCCUUCAGAAGCACCACCCAAGUCAAUACUAAAGUUGAUGAAUGUAGAUGGAUUAACCAUCUUUCAUGUCAAAAGUCAUUUGCAGAAAUUCCGAAAUGCAGCAUUCCCACACGGCUCUGCAAAAGGAAAAUCUGAGAAAAGAACUACUUCGAAUGUUGAAUCCCAACUCGAUGUUGAAACUGGCUUGCAUAUCAAAAAGGCAAUCCAACUUGAAUUAGAUGUCCAACAACAUCUUCACGAACAGUUAGAGAUUCAACGAAAUUUACAAUUGCGAAUUGAAGAACAAGGGAAACAACUCAAGAAUAUAAGUGAGCUGCAAAUUGACCUGCAACUCAAGAACUCGGACACCACCUUCUACGAAGGUGCCCCAUUAAGUAGUCUUGAUGACGAGUUUAUUGGUUUGUCUAUUAAUACAUAA